AUGUCCGACAAUCAACCCCCGCAACCGCCUCCGCCAUCAUCCAAAACCACCUCUUCCAACAAGCCCCCCACCACCACCUCUUCCUCCAACGCGAACCAAAACACAACCAACACCCAAAAUGCAAAUACAAACCAAUCCCUACCAUCCCGCCUCCAAUCCUCCGCCACAACCCUCGCCCAAAACCUCUUCACCCCCUCCCCAGCCGACAUAGCCAGAAACCUGCAACCCGGCGGCGGCAGCAGUACCAAAGCCGCUCCGCCAUCGGCAACAUCGGCAGCAUCAGCGGCGCAGACGUUUCAUGAGGAAACGGCGACUCCGGGAGGUUCGUCGGCUGGGAGGGGGAUAUCACGGCAUGGAGAUGUUGGGGAUAGUUUUCGGAAUGCGACGGAGAACGCGACGGGGCAGGAUGGGUUGAUGGAGGAGGCAUACCAGUUCCAGAAUGAUCAUGCGUAUAAGGAUGGGGGGUUAGAAUCUGGUGUGCCUUUCUACGAGCAAGAUACAGAUAUAAAAAGAAAGGGAAAGGGCAAGGCACCGGACCAAGACCACCAACAGGAUCACGACCACCAAUCCUUCGAUAAUACCUGGAACUCCAUCACAACAACCAAAACCACCCAAAUCCCACCCCAGUCCGCACACGCGCACGCACACGCAAACCCACAAGACGGCUCCGAACUCCUCACCCUCCUAACAUCCCCCUCCUUCAACCCCGACUUCCCCGAACCACCCACCACCAACCCAGACUCAACCCUCAUCCCCAACGACCUCUCCGAUCCAACGCCCUUCCCCCUCUCACAAUCCGAAAUCCAAAUCCUCGAAUCCUUCCGCCGAAACCUCAGCCCCCACCACACCCCUCACCACCAACAGCGCAAUCUGAAUGCUGCAAGUCUAAUCCCCGACAUCGACAACUUCCUAUCCACUGUCCCCGCGCAAACGCAGAAUGAUGCUACGGCGCUGCGCGAUGCGGUGUUGACGGGGUUACCGGGGGCGGAGGAGUGGGUGGUCGCUGAAGAGAGGUAUCAGGAUGAGGUGUGGGGUUUUUUGAAGCCGGUGCUUGAAGAGGCGAGGAGGGAGAUUGAGGAGAGGGGGGAAGAACAGGGGCAGGAAGGGGAAGGGGAGGAUGGGCCAGCUGUGGCGAGGUUGAAAAUGAUUUUGAGGCAUAUGGGGGCGUAA